CGCCGGGCCCUGGGGAGCGAGUCUCCACGCCGCCCGGGACCUGGAGCCCGGAGGGCCGCGCCGCCGCCGCCUCCUUCCGCCGGCCAUGCAUUCUUCCGGCUCCCGCAGCCCGGGCCGGGCCCCGGCCUGCCCGAGAAAGACAGGACCGACGCCAAUGUGAGAAUGGCUGUGACCGUGGAAGAAGCUCCGUGGCUGGGCUGGAUAGUCGCGAAAGCCCUGAUGAGGUUUGCCUUCAUGGUCGCCAACAACCUGGUUGCUAUUCCAUCCUACAUCUGCUAUAUAAUUAUACUGCAGCCACUCCGAGUGCUGGACAGUAAGCGCUUCUGGUAUAUCGAAGGACUCAUGUACAAAUGGCUUUUAGGAAUGGUGGCUUCCUGGGGAUGGUAUGCUGGAUACACAGUGAUGGAAUGGGGGGAAGAUAUUAAAGCAAUCGCUAAAGAUGAAGCAGUGAUGUUGGUGAACCACCAGGCAACUGGAGAUGUGUGUACACUGAUGAUGUGCCUGCAGGACAAAGGACCGGUUGUUGCUCAGAUGAUGUGGCUGAUGGAUCAUAUUUUCAAGUAUACAAACUUUGGAAUUGUUUCCCUUAUUCAUGGAGACUUCUUUAUAAGACAGGGAAGAGCCUAUCGUGACCAACAGCUGCUGGUUCUCAAGAAGCACCUUGAACAUAAUUACAGGAGCAGAGAUCGAAAAUGGAUUGUUUUGUUUCCUGAAGGGGGCUUCCUCAGGAAGAGGAGAGAAACAAGCCAGGCAUUUGCCAAGAAAAAUAACUUGCCAUUUCUUACACAUGUCACUUUGCCAAGGUUUGGGGCAACAAACAUUAUUCUGAAGGCGCUUGUAGCACGGCAGGAAAAUGGAAGCCCAGCAGGAGGAGACGCCAGAGGCUUAGAAUGCAAAUCAAGAGGCCUCCAGUGGAUAAUAGACACAACCAUAGCUUAUCCCAAAGCUGAACCAAUAGACAUUCAGACCUGGAUCCUGGGGUACAGGAAACCGACAGUCACUCAUGUCCACUACAGGAUUUUCCCAAUUGCAGAUGUGCCCUUGGAAACUGAAGACCUCACCAACUGGCUCUACCAGCGCUUUAUUGAAAAGGAGGACCUCCUGUCCCAUUUUUAUAAGACAGGAGCCUUUCCUCCUCCCCAGGGCCAGAAGGAAGCUGUUUCCAGAGCAAUGACCCUCAGCAACGUGUGGAUACUCCUCAUUCAGUCCUUUGCGUUUUUGUCAGGUUACCUGUGGUACCACGUCAUUCAGUAUUUUUACCAUUGUCUAUUUUAGGAACUGACUUGGACUUGCUACAUAGGAGUUCAGACUUCUUCAUACAUGUGCAUUAUUUUACAUGUGCAAAUCAAAUAUACAAAUCAAAAUAUAUAAAAAGAAAAGGAAAUUCAAUGGAUGGAUUAAUGUUUAUCCCCCUUUGGGAUAUUUUAAAACUCUACUACAAUGAGGAUCAGUAAUACAAUGAUGUGCUAAGAUAUUUUAAGAACUUCUGUGUUUUAAAGAGAUACACUCUACCAUACAUUUACUCAAGCAUCACACUGGGAGAAGAGGAAAUCAUAAAAUCAUCCUAGAAGACUCCGAAAGAAACUAUUGCCACCAGAUGCACUUAGUCAUCCCCUGUGACUCACUUGUGACCUUUAGUUCAGGUUCAGAAGCUAUGCUCCUCUUUCCUAGGACAGAGCGCCACAACAUUAAUGUGUCUACCCUUCAUGCUGAGGUACUGGUAGCCUGGAGAGCUGGUGGGCACAUCCUGAGGAGUGGUCUCACCAUCUGGCAACCCUGGCUAAGGUGCAGUAUGGGCGUUCCCUGAGGAGUAGUGUGCACGCCCACCUGACCUCGCAGACCCUUGGAAGGCCAGCUCAACCCAGUACCGUGUUUACAUGUGCUAGUGCUCUCCCUCCCUUCAGGAGAAGGGAGCACCCACUUUCUCUUUUUGUAUAGAAGGCAUAUCAUAGAAUAAUAAUUGUAUUUUACAAAAUGCACUUUUAUCAGAUGCAAAUAUAGCAAAGGAUAGUGACCUAGCCUGAAGCAAAGGGAAGCCUCAUCCGUGAGCAGGCUCCCAGGAGGCUUUCCUGUCUGUGCUUGCCCAUGAUGCUCUAGCACCAUCUUCAUUGGUCACCUCCCUGACCCCAACCCCUGCUGGUAGCUGGAUCCCCUCCCCCAACUUUGAUAUUUUAGCACCAAAUGUAUUUGGGGGCGGUUAAAGCAAAGCAUCACAAAACAUUUAAAUGACCAGUUUCAGGGAAUUAGAGUAGCUUUUAGGAAAUAAGAGGUAGAACCAGACCUUGGCUUGCAAUAGUGACAAGGCCUCUUGUGGACCCCAGGGUCUGUAUGUUCUCUCGUUAUGUCAAGCAGCUGCCCCUCUCAGGGUGGCAGGAACAGGAGACAGCAGUUCAAAAACUCUUCCCAGUCUCUUCCAGUUGUCUUCUAAGAGGGCAAAGUCAAGCAAGUUUCUGUUCAUUGUAGAAAACUUCUUAAAGAUUUGUUAUUUUGUUCGCGUGAUUUACCUUACAGGAGAACUAGACUUUACAAAAAUGCGGGCUCUGUGUCAGUGUUGAGACAAAGGGUGGGUUUGGUUUAGAACAGUCAAACUCCUAAACUUGAAAGUCAGUAAGUCAGCAAUUGUUUUCUGUGGCAUGGGCACUGCAGAUUCCCCUCUUGUUACUAAUAACACAAACAACAGUUCUGAGAAACAGGUUGUAAAACAAAAGUAAAGACUAAUGUUUUCUGUUUUCAAAUAAACCAAAAAGAGUAAAAGGAGAGAUGUGAAUUUUCCCCAGUUGUGCGGGAACCAAAUAAACAGCAAAUAAAAGCCCCUCACAGCUUCAUCUUUAGCAAACCCCAAGCAUGUACAGAAGAGAAUGAUGUUACCUGAAAUACCUCACUGGUUCCACACUGCUGGAAACUGAAGAAGGCUUUGGUGUGAUAGCAGUUGUUACAAGACCUAAGCAUUAGCUCUGGUGUACAGGGACAGUGGAUGCAUGAGAGCAGUCUCAGGAUGAACUGAAUUGAGAGAGACAUUAGUUAGUUGUCUGGGGGAGAAGCUGCUCAUUGUCAGCAGAGAGUGCUAGAUGGCAGAGCAUUUCCUCAUUGCAAAGCCAGCUACAGACGACAGUGGCCAGUUCCUGUAAGGAGAUAUAUAUAUACAUACAUACAUACAGAAAGUGACUGGCCCACUUUCACCACUGCUGAGGAGUAUGACAGUUAAGAAUACAUGCUAAGUUAAAUUCACUCUUCUAAGGUGUUACUUUCAAAUACAGUUGUUGCCACAGUCUCUGGUGUGACAAUGCCUGUAGAUGUGUGAGCUGACCUUUGACAGUAGAGAUGAGCUGUAAAUACAUGUGUAUUUGGUCUGUCCUACACCUCUCCAGUCCAACAUGUCUUCUGUGUACAAAACAUAUAAAACAUGCUUGUUUGAGAGUAUUGGUACUGCCUUCUCAACAGUAGCUGGAGUCCACCUGCUUGUACUAGGGAAUGUGACGAGAAAAUAAACAGGUGUUCUUUAUGGCCAUCUUGAGAAGCCACACUAUGCCACUCUAGAGAGAUGAAUAGAACUCCCCAUUUGUGCUCAGUGUGUACAGUGGGAUGCAAGGGAGUUAUUGUAUUCAGUCAGGGGCGGGGGGAGGGGGAAGCAAGGCUGUGUCAGUUCACACUGGCAUCCUUAGGGCUGCAGCUCUUUUUGCCCUCAGCUGGGUUGCCAGGCUUUCUACCGCAGGCAGGCUGGGCAACUCAGUACUAGUCCUUGGACCACAGGAGGGACCAAGCAACAGCUCACCUCAUUUCAGAAAUGGUUUUAUGCAGUGACAGAGAAGCCAGUGAGCAGAGGAAGCAGGAAAAGCAAAAAUGGAAUGAAACUUGAAUAGACGGGGAUUUACUAGGAAGUGUGAGAAUGAUAGCUGUGGGUUCAGAUCUAUUAUUAGUUCUUGGUAUUACAACUCUCAAUUCCUACAGUAAGAAACUAGGGAAUGCUGAAGAAGUCAUCAAUUACAGGGUAGUUAAUCCAGUAUUAAGUCAUAGGAAGCCAAAAAUUCGAUUUUCUGUAAGAAUUUCUGAAUUUUUACUCUCAUUGAACUUUUUCUUCUAGGGAUGCUUACUACUUUAAAAGUUGACUUUAGUUCUUAUCCUGACUAACCUUUGUCUGUGAGUUAUGACUGUGUUAGUGAGUAGUUAAGUAACAGGAAGUCAAGACAACCAGCAGGAGGAGAAAGCACCAAAGCCAGCAGGCAUAACCUGAAGGCUGGAAAAGGCAAAGUUGGUGCAACUGGAAUUGUCCUGGAGGUGGAGUCUUAGGUCAGCCACUUCGGCCCUCAGUGGUGGCAGCCCUCGGGUGGCUGUGGUGCUGCUGUCUGGGAGGGUGCUGAGGAAGCUCCUCACUCAUGGCCAUGUGGCUUUCUUGUCAUUAGUCAGUCUUAGUGAUGUAUUUGACAAUCGGUACCUUAAAGACGUGCUCACCUAGUUGUUCAUAGCUACGAUCAGAGAUGGUCUCUGAGCAUAGGUGGUCUUAUGUAUCCGGUGUGUGUUUAAAGAGAAAAAUGUUUGUUUGCGUCACCGACCAGGAAGGGUUAACUGAUCUUUUCUGUGGUUUUUCAUCCUUUCCUUUGAAGUCACUACACAAUAAUGAACACAGGAUUUCUCUCCAAAGUUGUCAUUACAGAGUGUGUUGGGCUCUGGUCCACAAGGAUGGACGGUAAUGGUCUUCCAUGGGAUUUUUGCCCUGCAAGUACUCUGAGCCUGGUCUCUGUCCGCAGGAGGGGAGAGCCAGACAGCAGUGCACAGCAGGCGUGCGAGUUCACCGUGGUGGCUGGAGACUGAUGUCUGGGACCACAGGGGAGCCGGCAUGCUCUGAGCAUGCGUCAUGCCCCAGCCCUCCUCAGGAAGCUCAGAGUGGGCUCUGAGGAUGCGCUGAGGCUCCUAGUUGUUGGGGAAGAAUGGCCAGAGUCAAAUGAAAGAUGCAAUCUGGAGUUUUCUGAAAAAAUUCCAUCUGAGGAUUUUUACAUUUAAUAUUUUUUUAAAACAAUCUAGAGAGCAAAAAAAUGUACAUGUAUUGUAGCUGCAAAGUGUGCAGAUGCUUUGGGUGGCUUUGUCUUACUGUGUAAAACUGUUGAACACGACUGUGGUGCACAAAUUCUUUCUGUGUAAGGAGUCUAUGCAUUUUACAGUAACAUCUUAUGAUUGGUAAUGAGACAGUUAUACAGUCAACUGCCAUCUUUCUUAUUAAGUGCUUUCACUUUCCUUAGUUAUUACAAAGUUUAUUUAUUUUCUACAGGUGGGUUUUGUGUUCAUGAUGCUGUAAUGUUUACUUCAGCUAGUUGAGCUCUGUGUGGUCUGCAUGUCACAAUGUGUGUUCUGAGGUGACUGUAAAGGCUGUGACAACUGUAAUUCGAUGUUGUAAAGGGCUGGUCACCUGUGGAUCUGGCUUCUGAAUGCAUCGGGGAUGAUUUUACCAGAUCACCUUUUCAGAAAUUUAUAUGUUGUAAACACCAAAAGAAGCAUUUUCUCAGCAAAAAUUAAUAGCUGGUUCUAUUUUUUUUUAAUGUAGAGAAAAUAAAGUUGAUUUCCUUUUUUUCAAAAACAAUGCUUUUAAUUCUUAAGUGGGGGUGGUGUCUGCUGUGCGGAGCUCCUCGGCAGUCCGUGCUGCAGCAGUGCCUGGAGCGCAGCAUUCAUGGCCGGGGAGAGAAACCUUCAGGUUCCUUCUUGGGCUUAAAAAGACUUGGCCCUCUCUCCAGUCCUCUCAUUUGGUGUGAGCUCCUGGGAAAAUUAUGUAAAUAUACAUCCAUGUGUUAUAAAGUUUGCUGGUAACAUAUUUGAUGCAAUUAGCAAAGAAUAAAAUAUAUUUUUGUUUUACAAUAAAUCCUUACAAUAUAAUUAUCAUUGCUGAGCCCUCAGAGCCAACUUGUGACAAUAUCAACCGUGAUUUGAUUGGUAGCUUUAUGCCCUGCCCUGCUACACCAACCAUCUCCAGAUAAACUCUGUCUAUUGUAUGAUUUAUAUUAAACUCUUACCCAUGUACAGAACCUCCUUUUAGUUUCAACGUCAGCUAAAAGUUUAGAUAAUUUAUUUUUAAUUAUAUUAAACCCUAGAGUUAAAUGAUCAGCUCUUAGAGGCAAGCUGGAGCUGCCUUCGUCACACUGCUGUCCUGGUAUUUUGUGUUUUGAUUUGUUUUAAUUACUAGUGUUGAAUAAAAUUCUCAGAAUUGAUUUACUCACUGCUAUCACUGGCCCUUGCAGGUUUGAGAGUGGAAAGGGACUGAGAGUAGCAAGAACAAGGGGACUUUCAAUCCUGGAAAGCCUGAGGACAUCAGGCUUCCCAGGGAGCGCAGGGGCCAGCACGCCAGAUUCUCAAAGAUGGGUGAAUGUGUACACCUAUCACUAAGAUUUUAUUUUUUGGACAUUAAAAACAUUGAUGGUUUAGUUGUUUGUUUGUAGAAUGUGUCCAACCCAUUGAAACCUUUAAUAUAUUAAACUAUCUUGCACAAUCCUACCAAGUAAGUUAAAUUGUUACCGUUGAGCCUACCUCUUCUUUUCCUGGCUGCAUUUGGGAUGCUGGUUGGGUGAGGCUGCAGUUUGUUUCCCCUCUAAAGUACUUUAUGUGGAAGACAACAGAUUAUGGGCCCAAAAGGAGAUUUGAGGCUUUUUGCGAUCUGUUGCUGACCAGCCCUAUUCCCUAUGAGUUUGGGGAAAGCCAUUGUUUUUAACACCCACUUAAUAUGAAAAUGUUUGUUUAAAAAAAUGUUUCUUGCUGGUGAAAAAUGUAUUUUUAAAAGGAAAAACCAAAAUCCUCUUUUGGUCUGAGAAGUCAGCUGUAUGAGCAGGUGUGACCAUGUCAUAACAUGCUGAUGUCAUAGAAAUCAAUAAAUUUUUAUCUCUCAGGAA